GUCGACGUGUGGGUGUAAGGACAGGUGAAAGGUCACAAGUUGAAAGGUCGUGUUAGCAAACACGGUACGGCGGCUACACUUUAGCUGCAGUCAUAGCAAGUGAAGAACAGUACAGAAAGCGAGGUUUCCCUUCGCUGUUAUCUCGUGUGAAGCUGUUUCGUUGGAGAACAAUCUGAACAGACGUCAUCGACCAGGACCAGCUAGCACCGCUUAUAUUAGCUAGCUACCGUUAGCACGCUGCUAGCUACCGUUAGCACGCUGCUAGCUACCGUUAGCACGCUGCUAGCUGGCUCGCUAAGCUGCUAUGUCGCAACCAGGUGCUUGGACUUAUUGGAGCUAACAUAGCUAGCUCACCUCACUGAACUUUACUUUGAUUCUGGAGGAAAACAAAGAAGAUGGCGGUGUCGGUGCGAGGCCUGUACUUUGUGGUGACCCUGUUUUUGGGUAGUUUCUUUGGAAGCGUCUUCAUGCUGGGUCCAUUUCUGCCUCUCAUGCUGCUGUCUCCUGCUUGGUACCGCUGGAUCACGGAUCGCAUCGUCGCCACCUGGCUCACCCUGCCUGUGUCGUUGCUGGAGCUGGUAUUUGGGGUGAAAGUGGUGAUAACGGGUGAUGGCUUCAUUCCUGCUGAGCGAAGUGUGAUCAUCAUGAACCACCGCACCAGACUCGACUGGAUGUUUCUUUGGUGUUGUCUGCUCAGGUACAGCUACCUCCGUCUGGAGAAGAUCUGCCUCAAGGCUGCCCUGAAGGCUGUUCCUGGCUUUGGCUGGGCGAUGCAGGUGGCCUGCUUCGUCUUCAUUCAGCGUCAUUGGGAGGAGGACAAGAAGCACUUGGGGAAUAUGCUGGACUACUUCUGCGACAUCAGAGAGCCCCUGCAGCUGUUACUGUUCCCGGAGGGCACAGACCUCACCGCAAAUACAAGAGCAAAGAGUGAUGUGUUCGCUGCCCAGAACAACCUGCCAAAGUUUGAGUAUGUGCUGCAUCCCCGCAGCACUGGAUUCACCUUCAUCGUGGACAGACUACGAAAAGGGGAUAACCUGGAUGCCGUCCAUGAUAUUACAGUGGCAUACCCCAAGAACAUCCCUCAGACAGAACGCCACCUCAUCCUGGGACAUUUCCCUCGUGAGAUCCACUUCCACGUCCGCCGCUACCCGGUGGCUUCCCUGCCCACCUGCUCCUCUGACCUGGAGUCUUGGUGCAGAGAGCGCUGGGCUGAGAAGGAAAGCCGACUGCGGGACUUCUACUCGGGCCAGCACCGGGGCUUCGACGGGGACGGUGUUUCACUUGUGCCACCAUGUAAGUCGGAGCUGCGAGUGUCUCUGAUCAAAGCCGCCUCGCUGCUGUACUGGAGCAGCUUCAUCGCUUUUUGCUUCACCGGCCUGUGGCUGUGGGCUCCCUUCAGGCUCUACUUCCUGGUCAUGGUUGGGGUAUUUAUGGCCCAGCAGAAGCUGAUUGGCGGGCUGGAGCUGCUGGAGUUGGCCUGCCAUCGAUACUGGAAGUCCAUGGCUGCCGACGUGGGGGAGAAGAAUAAGUUUCAGGAUGGGAAGAUGCAGUGAGGAUGGAAGACAAGGGUGGCUGGACAAUGAUAUGUUUCCACCUAUGCUCAGCAAGGACACUGAGGACUCAGUUGUCCUGGCCUUUUCCGUCCAGAGGGCAAGAGGCUCCUUAUGAGGGACCCAACGCUCCAUGCCUUAGAAAAAGGGGGUGAUGAGUUCACUUCCUUACGGUGUGCAUGGCUUAAGUGGAGAGAGCUUACCUCUCUGUCUGCGAAGAAAGAGAGGAAUGUCAUUUGCAUUUAUUUCUGUUGGAUUCAAGGAAUUCAUCACACAUAUUGUGUCACUCGCCCUUUGUAAGUCUCUCCUUGUACGAGCUCUGUUAUUUAGCUUGCUCUCGGUGCAUUUUUAUUAUAUGUUGUUGGUGUUUUAUUGUAGUUGUUUGUUUUAGAACCUCCGUGUGGACAUGCGUCAUGAGACAAUGUUGUUUAGUGUUUGUUAUACUGUUGCCAUGUCUUUGAAACUUGUUUUUUUUAUGUAUGCUAUGUUGCUCUUGGUUUAAUAUCAGUGUCAUAAAUGAUGGAGCAGAGCCAUAGUACAGACUACCUGUACAUGAUGAUGACUUGACACUAACCAAUAUUCAAAUCAGCACUGCAUAAGACUGAUGGGACUAGUUAAAUGAAUCUGUUUCUAUUAGUAGUCUCUAGCAAGGAAAAAAAAAAAAGAAAAAAGGAUUGAUAUAAAUCCCAGAGAAUUACAGGGGAAUAUACAGGUAUGUAUGUGUACCAUUGUUUACCAUUCUUGGGUCUAAUUACCCUUUUAUACAUAUGGGGAAUGAGAUGUUCCCAGUUAGUCAUUAUAGAAAACUUGUGAUGAUGUUCAAGGUCUUGAAACAUAAACGAUGUUAUUCUGUUGUUUGCUCAAGUAGCUUUUGCACAAAAAAGCCAAAGGUGAGAAAAGCAGAUGUGAUUUUUCAAAGUAACCAAACAGAAUGUAGUCUGCCUUGAUAGGAAAGAGGACCCUCACCCACCACUGGCAAGGUUACCAUCGGCUACACUAAGGUAACACUCGACUCAUCAAGAUCAAAGAUCUGACUGAGAUCUCGUGUCUGUACAAGCAGAUGAGCUUUGUGCCCUUUCUGGGAAUGAAGGGCUGCCUUUUAGAGGCAGGAUGUGGGUGGUGGUGCUCGGGUGGAAGAAUGUCCUGUUGGGACAACAUUAUCCCUCCAUGUGCAGGGUGGCAUAGAGGACCAGACUUGGAGUGGAAAAAACUGGCCGUGAACUCGACCUAAUCCAAAAAAGCCCUGUGAUGCCCACCUCUGCCCGUGUCCCUCUCUAGGGGACGGGCAUUGAUGCGCCUGCUAAACUCAAUUAGCAAAAGACAGCUGAGAAAGCUGCUACAAUUGUGCCAAAAAAGGGCAGAAAUCGAAACAAGAUUGCAGUGGCGCUUCAACCACACUUUAACCACUGACUCUCCGUGCCACUCUAUACCAUUUCAAACUGGUAACUCUGGGAGUUUCAGUAAGUCCAUAGCACUUUCUGUAACACUGUGUGAUGUGUGAUCACUUUUGUGACAAUUGUAUUUGACUUUGAUGUCUUUUGUUUUGUUUGUUGUUGUUCAUAUGAAUCUAGAGCUCCUGUAGUUCCUGUGUAAAGAGGCUGUUUCCAGUCACUGUGAUCCAGCUGUGUUACUUUCACAAUCAGCAUGUAGUAGUUUACCAAACAUGGUUCUAUAUCUGUUUCAUCAACCCUGAACCAGCCAGAAUCUCCACCUAUUACUCUGUAACCUGUGCUGUUUUCUGUUGCUCAUAUUACAAUCACUUUCUGAUGCUGGACCUCUUCAAAGUCACUGUCCUCAGGUAAACAAGAGUCAGUCUCUUACAGGAGGAAAUAUAAAUAUAUAUAAAUAAAUAUACUAU